GCCACCCAAAAAACAAAACCAGACCUUCGUUUUCCUAGAUAUUAACUAACAUCACACCUAAAUUCACGGAAACCGCAGGCCACCAACCGCCCUUACAAAACCCUAGUCUGCGUGCCUGAAUGGAGUCUCUUCACCACCGCGGCCGAAGCAACAGGUUCCUGCUAUGUUUCAGACCGCUCCCCAUGGCCGGUUCUCUCAAGCCCGACCAAUCUCAGCACCAUUCCACUGAUCAGGUUCUGGCUUAUAUAGCCGUCAGCGAUAAGGACCACCGCGGCGUCGUUGUUCCGGCCAUCAUCUCAACCUUGCCCGAUGACAAUUACAAAGCCUCCGGCCGAGAGUUCAACACUACUCGCCGGAAAAAACGAGGCUUCACUCGUCACUUUUCUAGGGUUCUCAAGGCCGUUUUGUUCGAUACAUCGCUGGUGAAGAGGAUCCGAAGCCGGAAAUCACGAAAAUGCUCAUUCCGGUCAGUUAACUCUGCAAAAAACGAGAAUUUUUCUAACCUCGUUCGCGAUAAUUUGUCGGAGCGAGAACCGUUGGAAUUUCAGUACGGAACCGAUGAUCGGAGAACGAAGUCCACCUCGCAUACACCUCGGCGUUCCGCAAGUGCGGACCAUCUGUCCUCAGCAUCAAUGCACCCGAACUGUUCCUUGUCUCUAACAUCAAAGCCGAGCGCUUUGCCUCGGAAAAGCGCUCCGUCUCUGAAGAGUGCGUCGGUUCGACAUAACACGGCCGAGUUGAAUCAGAAACGCGCUUCGUACACUUGUUUGUGUUUGAUUCUAGUGAGUCUCUUCGCUUUGGUAUUUUGGGGUAAGAUUUGCGCUAUCUUCUGUGCGUCAACGUGGUUGUUCUUGGUACCGCAUUAUAAUCACGGAAUCUGGUCGCCGGAUCACUGCGAGGCCUCGGAUCACUGCGAGGCCCCGGAUCACUGCGAGUCGCCGGAUCUGCGAGUCGCCGGAGCACUACGAGUCGCCGGAUGUUGACUCUGUGAAGCAUAAGAAUAAGGUGGUCAUGGGAGGAUUGCUGGAGUGGAACCGUAACGCGGAACACUCAGACGGCGUCGUUUUGGCCCACCAAAUUUUGAUGUGAUUUUUUCUCAAAUUAUCGUGUACAUAUUUAUUUUAUCGUGUUCUUGUUUGUAAGCAGUCGGGUGGUUAUUUUAGUUUUCCUUUUUCUUACCGGGUGAGAGGUUCAAUUGGCUACUACAUGGCUGAUUCCUUGUCGCAUUUCGGAGGAGAUGAAAGAGAUUCUCCUUUCAUCCACGUGUUUCUUUGAAGAAAUGAAAAUGAAAUCUUACAAAAUUUUGUUGUGUUUGAGGGAGAUGGCACGAUGGGAACAAUGUGUGAUGCCCUUUUGAGCUGACUCAUGUCAUAUAAUUUUUGUU